UGAAAGUGCUGGACUCCAUUUUGGAGCCGGAGCGAAGCAAGGUGAUCUCAGCAUAAUGAUCAUUAUUCUGCUGUCAGAGUGUCUCCGUGGGUGAAGCAGGGAAACAAAGACGGAGCUUUUCAUCAGGCGGAGGAUUCAAAAAGCAAUUUCACUCCCGAAACUGACACGUGUCCUUCUUUCACUCUCAGACUGAGGGAACAUGAGUGAUUUGGCGGAAGAAGAGGACCGAAGCUGCCCGCCUCUGAAGAGAAACCACCCCAAACAUCAUCCUUGGGCUCUCAGCGAUCACCCCGGAGCCUGGGAUCUAAAACAGAGAGCGGCGUUUCCAGGAUCCGACUGUUUGUCCAUGAAGAGUGACAUUUCCAGAGAAGCCCCUCCAGACUUAAGGAAUCAACCCGGACCCUCACACACAGAAGGUGGGCAGCACAGACAGAGAGCAGAGUCUCCAGUAUCCGACUGUUUGUCUAUGAAGAGUGACUCCUCCAGGAACGACCUUCUAUACUUCAGUAAUAAACCCGGACGCUCACACACAAAACAGAGAGCAGCGUCUCCAGGAUCCGACUGUUUGUCCAUGAAGAGUGACAUUUCCAGAGAUGCCCCUCCAGACUUAAGGAAUCAACCCGGACCCUCACACACAGAACAGCGAGCGGCGUCUCCAGGGUCCGACUGUUUGUCCAUGAAGAGUGACAUUUCCAGAGAAGCCCCUCCAGACUUAAGGAAUCAACCCGGACCCUCACACACAGAAGGUGGGCAGCACAGACAGAGAGCAGAGUCUCCAGUAUCCGACUGUUUGUCUAUGAAGAGUGACUCCUCCAGGAAAGACCUUCUAUACUUCAGUAAUAAACCCGGACGCUCACACACAAAACAGAGAGCGGCGUCUCCAGGAUCCGACUGUUUGUCCAUGAAGAGUGACAUUUCCAGAGAUGCCCCCCCAGACUUAAGGAAUCAACCUGGACCCUCACACACAGAACAGUGCUUCACUUCAUGCAGGGACUGGUCUGCUUCAUCAAAGCUGUCCUCCUGGGACCACUCAGGAACCACAGCUGGAGUCCAGACAGCCAGUCAGAGCAGCUUGAUACCAAUUGAUGGUGGUUUGCAGAAGGUUUUAGAUGAUCAUAAGCUCAUACUGAAGAGGACAUGUGAACGUGUGACUGAAGGAACUCAUGAAACCGAAGGAACCCUCCUCAACAGGAUCUACACUGAGCUCUACAUCACGGAGGGACGGCCUGAAGAUGUGAACACGCAGCAUGAGGUGAGGCAGCUUGAGACACCUUCCAAGAUCACGCACGAGGACACUCCAAUCAAGUGCCAUGAGAUCUUUAAAGCCUUACCUGACGAACAAAAACAUAUCCGAGUUGUUCUGACGAAUGGCAUCGCUGGAGUUGGGAAGACCUUCUCAGUUCAGAAGUUCACUCUGGACUGGGCAGAGGGCUUGGAAAACCAAGACAUUAAUGUGGUGGUUCUGCUGUCAUUCAGAGAGCUGAACCUGAUCAGAGAUAAGCAGUACAGUCUUCUGGAGCUGCUCCACGUUUUCCAUCCAACAUUAGAGAAGGUCACAGCAGAGAACCUGGAUCUUUGUAAACUUUUGCUCAUCUUUGAUGGCCUGGAUGAAAGCAGACUUUCACUGGAUUUCUCCAUAACAAAGGUCAUAUCAGACGUCACACAGAAGUCAUCAGUCAGUGAGCUGCUGACAAACCUCAUCGAGGGGGAUCUGCUUCCCUCGGCUCUCAUCUGGAUAACUUCCAGACCUGCAGCAGCCAAUCAGAUCCCUUCUAGAUGUGUCGACAGGGUCACAGAAGUACGUGGAUUCACGGAUGAGCAGAAGGAGGAGUACUUCAGGAAGAGACUGAGUGAUGAAGAACGGUCCAGGAGAGUCAUCUCCCACAUCAAGUCAUCCAGGAGCCUCCACAUCAUGUGUAGAAUCCCAGUCUUCUGCUGGAUCACUGCUACAGUCCUUGAAGACAUGUUGACUACAGAGCAGAGGGAAGAGCUGCCCAAGACCCUGACGGAUAUGUACUCACACUUCCUUCUAGUUCAGAUGAAGAGAAAGAAGCACAAAUAUGAUGAGGGACAAGAGAUGGCACAGGAGGUAGCAGAGGCUGAUCGGGAGGUUCUUCUGAAGCUGGGAAGGCUGGCAUACGAACAUUUGGAGAAAGGAAGCAUCAUGUUCUACCAAGAAGACCUGAAGGAGUGUGGUCUGGAUCGCGAUGAGGCCUUGGUGUAUUCAGGGGUUUGUACAGAAAUCUUCAAAAAAGAGUGUGUGCUCUUCAAGGAACCAGUCUACUGUUUUGUUCAUCUGACCAUUCAGGAGUUUCUGGCUGCCGUCUACAUGUUUCACUGUUACACCAACAAGGACAUAGAGGUGAUGAAGCAAUUCCCGGGGACAAAGCGGGACAACAAAAACAGUGACACAUCUCUGGAUGUCUUUCUGAGCAGAGUCAUGGACAAGUCCCUCAAAAGUAAAAAUGGCCACUUGGAUCUGUUUGUUCGCUUCCUUCAUGGCCUCACUCUGGAAUCCAACCAGAAAAUCUUAGGAAGUCUGCUGGGCAAGGCAGAGAUCACUCCAGAAAUCAUCCAGAGAACCGUUAACAGCCUCAAGGAGAAGAAAACAAAAAUCGCCCCCGACAGAAGCAUCAACAUCUUCCACUGCCUGAUAGAGAUGAACGACCUCUCAGUAUCUCAGGAGAUCCAAGAGUUCCUGGGGUCAGAGAACAGAUCAGAGAAGGAGCUCUCCGAGAUCCACUGCUCAGCUCUGGCCUACAUGCUGCAGAUGUCAGAGGAGGUUCUGGAGGAGCUUGACUUGAAGACGUACAAGACAUCACUGGAGGGACGACUGAGAUUGAUCCCAGCUGUGAGGAACUGCAGAAAGGCUCGACUCCCUGGCUGUGAGCUCUCAGAAACUCACUGUGAAGUCGUGGCCUCAGCUCUGAAGUCCAAACCCUCCCACCUGGUACAUCUGGACCUGAGUGAAAACUACCUGAAGGACCCAGGAAUGGAUCUGCUGACUGGUGGACUCAAAAGUCACAACUGUAAACUAGAGUUUCUGAAUUUGAGUUCAUGCAGGUUGUCAGAGACCAGCUGUGCUUCUCUGGUCUGUGCUCUCAUGUCCAACCCCUCCCAUCUGAGAGAGCUCGACCUGAAUGACAAUAAGCUGCAGGAUUCAGGAGUGGAGCUGCUUUGUGAUUUUCUGGAGAGUCCAGAUUGUCGACUGGAGGCUCUGAGGUUGCGGAUCUGCAGAUUGUCAUCAAUCAGUUGUAGUUAUCUGGUCUCUGCUCUCAAGUCCAACCCCUCCCAUCUGAGAGAGCUGGACUUGUCUGGAAACAACAAGCUGAAGGAUGAUGGUGUGGACUGCCUGUGCGAUUUUCUGGGCAGUCCAGACUGUAGGCUGGAGAUUCUAAAACUGUGGGAAUGCAGAUUGACGAGGUCCAGCUGCCGUCCUCUGGUCUUAGCGUUGAUGUUAAACCCCUCCCAUUUGAGAGAGCUGGACAUGAGCAACAACUACUUGAAAAAUUUUGACGUGACAUCCCUGAUUAAUCUUCAGAAGAAUCCAGACUACAGACUUGAGACGUUCAGGUGGGAGUCACCGAUGCGUAAGUGAACGUAUGUCCUCGUGUGCAGAGACGCUCUGAUUGUGGCCAUAUUGUUGGGAAGUAGAUUGGAGGGGAGACAGUCAUCCAGCAGCGACUGAUAGAAGAGUGAGAGGAAGUGUAGAUGAUUGUCAGCGCUGCAGAGUGGACUGCACUGUUUUCAGAAACCAAACCUUCCUCACAGGCUGCGAUACACUGGGAUCCUUUCUAAAGCUCCUCCAUUAACCCUCUUUGGAAAUCCAGUCUGGGAUCAAAUCCACCGUUUGUACAUUUCUACAAAAGAAUAUUCAAAUCAAUUUUAUUUAUAUAACACCAAAUCGCAACAACAGUUGCCUCAUGGUGUUUUAUAUUGUAAGGUAAAGACCCUACAAUAAUACAAAGAGAACAGAGAAAACCCCAACAAUCACAUAACCAUCAUUCAAAUCCUGCCCAGUAACAGCUGCAGGUCUCAGGGAUGACUGGGUGGCAGAAGACAGAUGAUGAGUGAUGUGAUUUUAUAGAACGUGUUUGUUGCCGUUGUUUGGGUUUAGCUCGAUGAUAAUGAUGGCUGAUAAAUGUUCACUUAUUUCAUGGUCUGUGGCCUUUUAAAAACAGAAAAAUCUGACAAAACCUUUAAUGUCAGGAGACCUGGCUGGGAUCACAAACUAAAAUAAACUUAAAAUACCAAAUCAGCCCAUCACACAUCUUCUAUGUAACGUGUUCAGAACUGACAUAACCAGGUCACCUGUCUCAGCUCCGUUAAGGUGGACUGUCCUGUGGUGCUGUGAACUCUGCAGAGCACUAUAAUACACAAUAUUUACAAACAGUAUCAGUUUAUCAGAAACACCAGUAUCUGUACUUUUAAAUUAUUUGGCAUUUUUGCCUUUAUUGAAUAGUGAAGACAGACAGAAAGCAGAGAGAGAGACUUAACAAAGGGCCACGGGUCAGACUUGAACUCGGGCCACUGCUUUCUGGCCACGCGGCAUGUGGUCACCCGCUGAGCUAAACCAGCACCAAAGCAUCUGUACUUUCACUUUCACUGUUUUUUUACUUUUAAAGUACAAAGUUAUCUGCACUCUCCCACCAGAGUGAAUUUAUUUUGCAAUAAGAGUUAAAUGUAAACAUAAUAAGAAAGAAAACAGUAAGCGUAGUAGCAGAAAUGUGCUCACAGUGCUGCAGUAUUGUUAUAAAUGCCAAAAGCUGGGUUGUAUGGAAGCUUGUUCCUGCCACUGAAAAAACUUGUUUUCCACAUCAGUAAGUCAUAAUUUCAGGUUACGGUUAGAGUUUAAAGUGUUUUUGUUGUCAGUUUAUAAUUUUCUCAGUGUUUCGUGUUUCGAGUCUGAGCCCAACCUGAACCGUAAUAUCAAUUUAGAUAACCUGAAAAUUUGACUUACAGAUGGAAAAAAGGGAGGAAACACACGUCUCUUUUUUGUUGAUAUUGUUGUUCUUUUGUCUUGCACUAAUGUUAAAAUAACCGUUACCACAUAGUCAACUACUGACUGUUUUAUUGUAUUACCUUUGACAACCUGUUUUGUGUCUUCUUGUUUCUUGAUGCUCAUUUGUGCCUUCAAUACAAAAAUUUAAAAAUACAUAAGACAGCCCAGACUCAAUAACCCUCAUCCAGAAAUAAACUUUUCCAGACUACCAAAUUCAGAUUACCAGUGCUCCCAAUGGGACUACACAUAACAACAGCAGAAAAGUGUGCAUGGACGUUUAAAAAAACCACAUCAUCAGUAAAGAAAGAACAUCUGGUUGCUGUAGUUGGGUUUGGCUGCAAGAUAAAUCUGUUUUCAUUAGAUUUAAACCCAUUUUUGAUGAUAUGCAUUAUUAUUGCUGUAAAAAUGUGCACAAAAAGUCAUGAGCAGCUGCUGGAUGGAGGGAAAUAUUUUGAGCUCUACCUGAUUAACAUCUAACCUAAAGGAGAAAAAGUAUUUCAAAAGCUGCCCGCUUUGGCUCACCUGUACUGGGGAUGCCAACAGCUCGUCUCCUGAGUGUCAUCUUUCACCAACAUGGUGCUACAAACUAAUGUUAGAAACACAGCUUGCAUCAGAAGAGUGCUUGACCAGUAGCAGAGGCAGCUAGUCCUGUUUGAUGAGGUGAUGGAGGAAUCAGCCGGUCGAGCGGGAAAACUCCUGCAUAAAAAAAGCUCCAGGCGUCACACGAGGCCUCCAUAAACAGGCUGUUAAAAAAAAGCUGUUUUUAAAAUGGGAACCAACCUUUUUCACGUGAAUGUAGCCAAAUGUCUACUUUAUAUUUAUCUUUGUAGUUUUUACAGGAUUUAAGUGCAAAGCAUAAAUGUAUGUUUACACUACACCUGUCAUUUCCAUUUCCACUUGAACAAAAAAUAAUUUGAGACAGAAAAUAUGGGAAAAAGUUUUGAACUUUGUGAAGGACUCAGACUUCACAGAACGUGAACCUCAGUAGCAGUUUAUUGUGAAAGAUGCAAUAUUUAGCUUAUCUGAACUGAGAUGAGAUUUUUAUGUCUUUUUCAGAAUGUUUGAUUUUGAAGUAUGUGAACUGUUUUGUUGUUUGUUGGCUUUUCUCUGCUUGUUGUUCUCAAUUCUUUUAUUAAAGAAAAUUUAAAAAAAAAGCAAAAUAAAAAAACUGACACAUGAAACACCUUGUAGACCCCCUUCAGUCUAAAAACUCAGACCAUCCACGCUCACGUUCCAGAGUAAAAAUGUGAACAGAAAACAGCAGCGCUAAGAGUCAGUGGCAUUUCCCUUUAAUGCAAUGAUGCAGGAAAAAAAUGAAAUCACCACAGCAAAGAAUAAAAAAGCAAAAAAUUAACACGGCAAACCUGCGAUUUCAAACACAGCAUUUCACUUAAAAAGAAAAAAAAAUUAAAAUGCUUCAUAAAACAGCUCUUUGCAUCUCUUUUCAGUGUUUAUGCACCAAACUCAGUUCAUAUUCGAAUGAUUUUCACCUCCUGCAACAUAAAAGUACAGUCAUGACAGGAUGAGUUUAAAAUAACAUUUGAAAGGUUUCGGCUCGUGAAACGAGUGAGCACUGUGGCACACGGUCGGCUCUUUAAAAGCCAUGUUUUAGCCUCCAACAGAGUUUUAUGUUUGAUUUAGUGUUUCAGUAAAAACUUCCUGCUUUUGCAGAAAAAAAGUCACAAAUGCAGUUAAAACUGUAACACUUCAUUGGUUUCCAAUCUGUGGCCAGAGUCCACUAAACGAGUCCUACAUUGAGUAUAGAGGGACCAUGUAAUGAUGAAGAAUUAUCUGUAUUCCUGUUAGCUUUUUCCGCCUUGGAAAGCUCCGUCACACAAGGUAACACAUUCUCAACGAAAGAGCCAAAUGAACAGCUUUAAAUCUGUCAGAAACUUCUUGAGGUCAGCUGACCAGUAUUAUAUAAAAAUAAUGCACACCAAGUGAAGUGAAAGGUUCAAACUUUCAUUAAAAAUGUAGUUUCCUAUUUUUGCUAAUCAACACUUGUCAAAGUCUUAGUGUUUGGGGUGUUUCCUUUGUUUGCUGGUCCAAAGUGUUCGAUCCUUUUAUUUUAGCACCUGUAAAAGAAGAUCAUGUGAUGUGGCUGAAAGCUUGGGUCUGUUUGUGUCGGCUAUAUUUUUCUGUAACACUUCAUGAAAUGGGAGUUACAACUGGAAAGUUUGUGUAAUAACGCCUCCUUCAAGCGACUGCAUUUAUGUUUGGAAAAUUCAGUUUUAGUCCAAGAGUGAGAUUUUUAGAAAACUGCACCAGACUGGCUGUAACCUGCUGUGAUGUCUCAAACUUCAAAGUUGGACCUGUUGCCCUUUUUUCUAGCUGACUUUUACCCAGUUUACCAAAACUGUGCAGAUACUUAAUCUAGAACCAGAUCUGAGGUUGUCUGUCAACAAAAAACAACAACUGCUACCGGUACCUAAAAGUUGGCAAAGGGGGGCAAGGUGCCACAAAGGCCCUUGGGCCUCCUCCUGGUAGGACAUGCCUGAAACACGUCACCUAGGAGACGCCCUGGAGGCAUCCCAGUUCAGAUAUAUUCAUUUUAUUCAUGUACAGUAGUAGUUACCUGCUGGUUGUAGGGGGCCAUCGUAAGUAUAGUCCUGCUAUUCGUGCAGGGAAGCACCUUGUUUGAGAAAAUGAGCGCGGACGUGUAAACUUAACCCUGAAACACACCGGCUGCUUCUCUUUGGUGAAGUUUUAAUUAACCUUUCACACCGGGAGUGUUUCAGAAACGAGCAUUUAGUCUUCAAAGGAUCUUUUAUUUUGAAAAUGUAUCAAAUACUACUGUAAUUCUUUAUUAUCAGGAUGUCCUAAAAACUCGCUGAAAAGCCUUCAGCUGAUCCAAAAUGCUGCAGCAAGAGUCCUGACAGGGAC